AUGGAUUUAUUUGUUGAUAGUCGGAUGACUCCCUCUGUGAUAAGCGACGAGGCGCAUAUAUCUGAUUUAAUUACGAAAAAAUUAAUGCGAGAGAACAAAUCCUCAACGAAAGCAUUACGGUUCGCUACUUUGUUUAAUAAGCUGCAAGCUCAGACAAUACUAAAACGAAAAUGGGCUGUUCUUUACUUCCUAAUGUCGGUCAGCGAACAAUCAAACGAUGGAGAUGCAUCAAAAUUAGCAACAACUUUAUUCGAUCAGACAUUCUCGCAUCGGGGUCUCGAAUCUAUCUCACACGAGACGGGUAAAGUCACAGAGACGCAAAAUACAUUCAUAUCAAAUGUGAACCCAACAUCUAUUCAGGAGACAAUAAAAGAGCCAGUGUAUAUGCAAGAAGAUGAACAGUACUACGAUUUACCACCCAGAGUGGUUUUACAAAAGAAAGUUGCAGAAGCAGAGAACACCAUGUAUGAGAUAUCUGAGGCUCUCCUUUUACGCGACAUUGUAUUCGUAUUUCAAGGCAUUGAUGGACAAUACAUAAAGUUUGAUAAGACGACAGGGUCAUAUUUGGUCGAUUCGAAGAUUGGUGUUCAAAGAUCGACUCGAGAGUUAAUAUCAAGACUUUCGGAAAUGGGAUGUCUUUACCGGAAAGUUCAUGCUUUCGUAAACGACAGUAUUGAUGACAUAUCAAUUGGCCUUGUUGGGCAGGCCUUUUGUUCUGCAUUACAACGUGAACUGACAGAAUAUUACAAACUAAUGGCCAUUCUUGAAUCACAAAUUACCAAAGAGGUCGACACUAAUCUGUCCACUCAAUCUAUUCCAUUGUCUUUAAAACGAAUGCUUGUUUCAAUAAACGAGUCAGCAGAAAAAUUAAGAUUGAUGGCUGUGUUGGUUGAUGGAUGUGCUAGGCAGAAGGGAGGCGCACUGGUGUCAUAUAUUUACAUGCAUACAAAUCACGGAGACCCGUUUAGGCACGAGUUUGUGGAGCAUAUUCUAGAAGAGGUCUCAAAACCCUUCUACGAAAUGCUCCAAAGCUGGAUAUAUGAGGGCGAAUUGGAAGAUCCGUUUGAAGAAUUCUUUGUUGGCUGUGAUCAGACCGUAGAAGAGGAAGAUUUAUGGCAGCACAAAUACUUUAUGCGUACAGAUAUGCAACCUUCGUUCAUUAGUCCAUUAUUGGCAAAGAAGAUUUUUUCCAUUGGCAAAUCAUUAAAUUUCAUAAGAUACAGUUGCCAUGAUAAUGACUUGGUUACUGGAAAAGGGAAAAGCACAAAAUCCGUUCUGAAAUAUGGUGACGUCAUUGCUCUUGAACACUCGAUCGACGCAACGUAUACAAAAACGAGUAAACGGUUAUUGGACAUUUUAUUUACAAAGUAUAAACUAAUGGAACACCUUGCUGCAUUGAAACGGUAUCUGCUUCUUGGACAGGGAGACUUUGUGCAGUAUCUUAUGGAUCAAUUGGGGUCCGGCCUCUCGAAACCAGCAAAUACGCUACAUCGUCACAAUCUGACUGGUACACUAGAAGCUGCAAUCCGUGCAUCUAAUGCUCAGUAUGAGGAUCAAGAUAUUCUCCAACGCUUAGAUGUUCGUCUUGCCAAUAUUUCUGCAGGUGACGUUGGCUGGGAUGUGUUCUCCCUCGAUUAUCACGUCGACUCGCCCAUAAACACCAUUUUUACUCCACCGGCAAUGAUUCUAUAUACCGAAUUAUUCCGCUUUCUCUGGCGCUUAAAACGGGUUGAACACGACCUUUCCGCUGCGUGGCGUCGUCAAAUGACAUGUGCACGUACUUUGGCGCAGAUACCAGAGAUGGAAAAGGAUAUUAACAACAGCCGUCUCGUAUGUAGUGAGAUGAUACAUUUUGUGUACCAAUUACAGUAUUACUUGUUAUUUGAAGUGGUCGGAUGUUCUUGGGACGUGUUAGAGACUGAUAUCAACAAAAAGAGUGGAGAUUUGGACUCUCUCAUCGAGAUGCAUAAUAGAUACUUGAACGAUAUCACAACGAAGGGAUUUUUGAGGACUUCGGAUCAGGAUUAUUUACCAAGUGUUUUGAAGAUAAUUGGGUUCAUAUUGCAAUACAAGAACGUUCUGGAUGAAUUAUAUAACUUUGUAGUCAAAGAGUUGAUGCGUAGAGAGCAUUCGAAUAUUCAACCGUCAAGAAAGGGAAAGUCUGAACGAGAGGCACGGGAAGCAUUCCUUCCCAUUCAAAGGAAGCUCGGGGAGGUUGCUAGCAGUUUUAAGGGGGAGCUAGUAAAUUUGUUAGCAGAACUCGCAAAUCACAAGGAUACUGAUUUUAGAUUCCUCAGUGUCCGUCUUGAUUUUAAUGAAUUUUACAGUGCACAAAAAAAGUAA